AUGGCCUUGGCCUCGGACAACAGCGAGAAGGAUUCGGAUACUUCGAGGAAGGAUGAGGGAGCAGAGGAAGAGUCCAUCGAUCUAGAUGAGACUGAGACCCCUGCAGCAGCCUCCAGCGAAAAGGCGAUUGAAAAGACGGCAAAGAAGCACAGCCUACAGGCAGAUAUCUUGGCUCAAGUUGAACAGAAUCAGGCAAAGGGAAACACCAGCAGAUAUUUGGAAUAUUCUUCGGAAGAUUGGAAGCGUCACUCUGGAGAACACACCAAGGAGGAGCGAAAGGCUGCUUUUUCGGCAGACAUAGCAGCAGAGAUAUGCUCUGGCUCGGCCGAAACCAUUCGUGAUCUUCACUUGGAGGAGAGUUUCAACUGGAAUGCUUGCAACACAAAUGGGGAAUCCUACCCUCACUUAGUUAUUCAAGAGUGCAACUGUUUCGCGGGCAAACAGGCGAGAGAGUUCUCACACAUCUCUUGCCCUCACAAAGACAAGCUCGAGAGUCUCAUAGUGAAAGGAGCAUCAGCACGGGUCGCAGAUGACUCUGGGGAUACCCUCCUUCAUAUUGCCUGCAAGCAUGGUAGAUAUGCAGUGAUCGCAUAUCUCUUGAAAGUGGCUCCCGAGCUGAUCCUUUUUAAGAACAAUUCAGGAUUGAUGCCAUUUGCGAAUGUGCCCGAGUCAUCAGCCUCGGAGCUGUACGACAAGCUAAAGCGAUCCGUUCUGGCAGCCGUUACACAGCUAUUUCAAACUGGUGGCUGGACAAGAAUGAAUAUUAAGGACGUCAAGGCAAUCGAUGGAGUGGGUAGAGCACACGGCGACGGAAGGACUUGUGUCCCCGAUAAUAAUACUACGUGCAUGUGGCUUCUGGCAACCACCAAGGGCGAUGAGCUGAACCCAGAAGUUCGUGAGCGGCUCCUUAACUUGACAAAACAAGAAGUUCGAGACCGUCUCAAGGUCGGGAAGGAUGCAAGUGGGGAUCCCAGCUUGGCUGAAGUGCAAGCGUUUGCGGCCUCGCUGGGUGUACAUGUUCAGGUUCCCUUCCAGCAGGAUAGUCUGGUUUACAUUCUUGGUAGAAGCACAGGCAUCUUUCUCCUGUUGGUUGCCAUUCAUUUUGAGAAUGGUGAGACUGAUUAUCACGCACUGCAUCUGCGUGCCAACCACCAUAUCAUUCACGAUAAUACCAAGGGAAUGAAAGCUGUCCAAUUCACGGACAAGGAUAUUCAGUCGGAGGCUUCCGCUGGUCUGAUGCUUCUGGAGGCAUUCGGCAAAGGCGAGAGACAGGCAGGAGAUGUGAAGUCCAUCAGACUUGUAGCUACCCGCCAGUUUCUCUCGGACAAGGAGGAAGCAGACUUAAAGGUAGUCAAAGCCAAGAAGGCCAAGAAGACCAAAACCAAAAUGGACAACGUACAAAUUGAUGAAAUCUAUUGGGCGUUCAAAGAGCUUGGUGGACAGCCCUUUUCUGAUGCAAUCGAAAGGCAGCAAUCGAACUUCCACGAGCUUUACAAAAACCCCAAGGAGAAGGUCACAAAAAAGAUGUUGACGACAUUCUUAGAAACAAAAUUCGGAUUGCCCGUGGAUGGUGCAAACACACCCAACUUCUAUGAUUGCUUGAAAUGUGAAGAGCCUGGGAUCCAAGUUUACGUGAUCCAAGUUCACUACAAGAUGGAUGGCAAGGAAUCUUCUGAAACGCGGGCUCUUGUAUUCCAAGUCUCGAAAUCUGAGUAUGGCCUGAAAAAGUAUUUGUACAACAACAAUACAAGCGAGGCGAUGCGCUUGUUGACAGAAGACUUGUCAACAAAGAAUGGUGUCAGCAAUGCCUUUGAAGCUCGUUUGCCCUCCAGGCGGGAUGGUUACAAAUACAAAUACGUCCGCACCGAACUCAACUGGGCCUUCAAGUUUCGAAACGAGUAA